AUGAUUCAAUCAACAGUUGUAUCUGGCUUACAUUCUCCGAGAGAAACCCAACGUUUUAUAAACUGGGAAUCAAAAUACGCAAAAGCCCGCACUUCAUAUUUGAAACACAAAACAAAAACUGAGCCAAGUGGCCUCAUUUAUAUUCAAUCAGAAGACAUCUCAAUCACCAACUUGCAAUCCUCAAAGCUCAAAUUCGCUGAAACAAUUUGUGCAACCCUUGCCUUAGCUGGCUUCGUUUGCGGAGCAAUUUGUUCAGACCUGACUUUCUCUAGUUAUAUUUACAACAACAAAAAAGUCCAAGUCACAAUUUCUUAUAUAUUUUGCACAGUCACUACAGCCUUACUUCUUAUGGCAAUAUGCUGACGUACAUCAAGAGAGCUUAAGUGAGAGCAAGCCAAAGGGAUUUUUUCAUACCAAGAUGACUUAAUUUCGACAGGAAAAGUCAAAUGGCUUGUAAUAGAAAUUGUAAUAAAUGCGAUACACCCUGUAUAUGGCUUUGAGGACUAUCAGUUGUCUACCUAUAACAACGUAUAUGAUGUAAACUAUUCCUAUACUUAUACGUCGGUUUUUACAGUAUGAAUGCUGAUAAGAGUUUACCACUUAAUUCGUGUUGCAAGUGUCUUGAGUGUAUAUAGGUCUGAAAGGGUACAGAGGCUAUGUCAAAUGACUGGAAGCUAUGCAGGCAGCUGGUUCGCUGUAAAAUGCAUGAUGAAAGAUGUCCCAGUCUAUUUAUUGUCCUCAAUGCUUAUUGGUGGAGUUUUUAUACUUGCGUUUUGCUUGAGGAUUUUUGAAAGGCCGCUGGACGAAUACACAGGAAAAGCCUUCGCGGAGUAUGGGAAUUCGAUGUGGUGCGCUAUAAUUACGAUGACAACUGUGGGUUAUGGAGACUAUUUUCCCGUCACAAGUGCUGGAAGGUUAUUUGACGUGCUUGCCUGUAUGUGGGGGGUCCUUUGUGUGUCUCUCAUGGUGAUUACACUAACGAAUAUGCUGAAAUUAGAUGCAGGACAGGAAACGUCCCUUACCAUUUUGAAUAGACUGUGGUUUAAAGAAGAAUUAAAACAGUUAGCAGCUUAUGUCCUCACUUCAGCAGUGAGGUAUAGGUUUUAUGUGAAGCAUUAUCCGGAUGAUAAAAGAAAAAUAGCUAUUCAAUUGGGGAGAUUUAGGCAUUAUUUUAAUGAUUUUCAGAGCUUUAAGAUAAAACAAAGGGAUUUGUAUGAUUUUGACUCUUUUGAGGACAGAAUCGAGAAAAAAAUGAUUGAUAUCAUAGAGGAUAGUGAAGCAAUUGAAGAAGCGAAAAAAGAAAUUGCUGGAAUUAUAGAGUACUUGCAGGCAACAAUUCCAGUGAAGAAUAGUGAAAAAUAA